GGACAGCAAAGAUGUCCGCGCUCAUUUGAAAACCUGCGGUAGCCAAAUCCACAGUUUGGCACCUUAUCUGAGUUGUUUUUAUGUUGGCACCGGUGACGACGUUGUGCUCAAGCAAGACUCAUACUAAGGAAAGACAAGGACUCAGCGACAAGAGCCAGACUAUUCCAUACUAUCAGAAAUAAUGCUGAUAUCUGGAACUCAUGUCGGAAGUCGUGUAUGAAGAGACAGCCACGAUGAUCGCAGCAGGGGAAUUGCAGUCGUUUGUCCCGUUUGGCCGCGAGCACUGCAGGAACCAUCCAAAUGCCUUCAACCUGCAGCUCAGAGAGCUCCAGCCCGCCUCUGAGCUCUGGUCGUCAGAUGGUGCCGCUGGCCUAGUGGGGUCGCUGCAGGAAGUCAGUCUGCAGGAGAGAGAGAGGGAAUGCUGGCAGCUUAGGAAGGGCUACAAGGGAGUCAGGGAGGAAGAUGUUGAGUUUGAAGAGGAGCUCUAUGCAGCAGGAACUGUGGUUAUCUGGAGCCAGGGCAGUCGGACCCAGGCCUCCAACGUAUAUAAGGCCUUCACUGUCGACAGCCCAGUGCAGCAGGCCUUAUGGUGUACCUUUGCUGUCCCUCAGAACAAGACAGACGAGGAGGACGUGGAGCAGACAGUGUGUAUUGUGCAGAGUAGCUGUGUCAAUGUUCACACUGUAACUGGGAAGGAUUUUAUCUCACCACUACCCUUUCAGGUCUCAAAUGUCUGGGCAACAAAGUUUGGACUUUUGUUAGAACGAAAAAACACAGCGACUGACGCACAACUCAGCCUCCCCGGGGAACCUUUGCCCACAGUGUUCAGCAUGCUGCAUCCUCUAGACGAGAUCGCACCAGUAGUGUGUAAACCUGCAGGUCUGUUUGAAGGAUCCCAUGUACAGUAUGCAUCUGAUGCCACCAUGAAGAUAGUGUUCAGCUGCUGUCAGCCCUCUGUAGUUGUCUCCUAUGACACUGUACAGGGAAUACACUCUGUCUGGGCCCUGCGCAAAGUGACACAGGAUGAGCGUUCUACAGUCCUGCGGUGUACAGCAGAUCCAGUUGGCACUCCGUUGGGUCUGAUGGCAUCUGGCUUACUGACCUCUCACCUCCGUAAUAUCUCCCGCCUGGACUCGCCUGGUGGAAGUGGGGCAACCGGGCUUGGUCCCGGAACUGGAACAAGUUGUGCAGUUGGUCCUGGCUCUCCUCUCCACUACAGCGCUCUGCACAGCCACCAGAGCAGGAUCAUGACGUCUUCACCAGGAUUUCAUUCCCGUGUUCAUUCCCCGAAUAUAUCCAACAUGGCUGCCCUCAGCCGUGCCCACUCUCCAGGCAUGGCGGCUCCAUCUUUUUCAGGCGCGGCUCGUUUCAACACGUCUUUUCAUAGCCCGUCCCCCAGGGGGCACCAUGGCGUGAUACACUCUCCCAACAGCACGGUCAACGAGACGAUGCUGGUACCGGAGAUGGAGCCCAUCAUACCCGACCUCUGUAUGGAGCAGCUGUGGAGUGAGACGGUCACAGCUGGUCAGAGGGAUAUGAGCAGCCAGGCUUGUAAAGUAUUUCUGACCUCUGACCUCUGUGAGAACCGCUACCUCUGUUUCCUGGUGGAGUCUCACCAACAGCUCAGAUGUGUGAAGUUUGUUGAGAGCAACAAUACAUCUCAGCUAAUCUUCACCUCUGUCACGACCAUCCCUGCCAAAGAUGCAGAGCCUCUGCAGAAUAUAGGUGCUAUGCUGGUUUUGGAGGCCUGUGGCAGUCUGGUUCUGUACACUGGAAUCACCAGGGUCAGUAAGGUGUUUGUUCCCGGCCUCCUGUCACCCACCUUCAGCCUGACCAACCACCUCUCUCACCUCAGCACGCCAGUUGAGAAUGUUAGCACGCCAGCUAAUGCUGGCAGCAGGCACCUCCAAAGAAUGGACGAGGCCGCUAUGCCUUCACCAGUGUCAGAGCUGAGGGGUCCAAACAUAAAACACCACGAAGGUUCAUUUUUGGAAGAUUACACUUUCCAACAUGCCACGCCCUACAUCCAUGCCUUGCGGGACCCGGUCUGCAACCGGGUCACUUUGGAACUAAACAGUGGCACAAUGUUGAGGAUCUCCAUCCCAGAGAUUGCUACCUCAGAGCUUGUGAGGAAAUGCCUUCAGGCGAUUCAUUUCAUCCUGCCCAAGGAAGCUGCCAUGAAGGUUUUGGUGAAGUGGUACAACAUCUACAACGCCCCUGGUGGUCCCAGUUCACAUGCAGAGUGGAACCUGUUUGUCACCUGUUUCAUGACACUGAUGGGCUACAACACUGAGCGUCUGGCGUGGACACGAAACCUGCAUUUUGAAGUGCCUCUCUCUCCAGUGAUUGCAGCCAAGAAGGCCCGUCCCUCUGAUGGAGGCUCUGAAGAGGACUUGGACUACUUGUUGGGAUCUCUUUACCACCGUCAGAUGAAUUCCCAACCUGUUUGCUACAACAAUACUCUUGCCACUGAAACUGUGGGCCUGUCUUCUAUGUCCUCUCCUUCCAGUCCAUCUCUGAAGCUGGACAGUUCAGCUCCUCUCUUCCCUCACAUUCCUGCUCUUUUCUACGUUCUCCAUCUGCUCUAUCAGGAGCUACAGCUGGAUGAGCUGCAGAGAGCAAGAGCCUCAUCACUGGUCUGUCUGUUGCAACAGCUUGCCAGAGACCUCCAGUUGGAUGAGUAUGUGGAUCUUUACUGGAGAGACUACCCCUCAUUAAUUAGUGGCUUCACAGAGAGCUGCGUCCUAGACCAGGCUCUGAUUGGUCAGAUGCAGCGUCCGUCCUUCCUGAGGGCAGAGCCUCCCUGUGUGCUCAGCUGGCUCAGUAGCUGUCUGAGAGGGGAGGAGAACCCACCUUUCCCCUGCCUGCCUGGCAUCUCUCAGAGGACCAGGCUGCUGGUUCUGAGUUAUGCUCUCUACAUUAUUGGAGAUGAAAAUGCUACUUCAACAGAUGUAUCAAAGUACCUGGCCAAGCUCUCUCCAGGCCAGAAGUCCUAUGCCAGUGAACCGCACUACAGAAGACAGAGCAGUGUGAAUGUUAAGUUUUCCAGUGAGAGUCUGGCUGAGCAGCUGGUGGUCUGGCUCACAUCAGAAGGUUUCACCCUGAAGGACCUUGAGUCAGUUCCCUUUGGUGUGGCUCUGCCCAUCAGAGAGGCCAUCUACCGUUGCCGGGAGCAGCCAUGUUCUGAUUGGUCAGAGGAGGUCUGUCUGCUGAUUGGGCGACAGGAUCUGACUAAACAAGCCCACACGAUGACCCUGGCCAAAGGCAAAGCUUCUGUUGGUACAGGUCUCUCGUUGGAGCCUCCUGCGACCACAGAAGCAGAUGAGGAGGAAGAUGGGAUGUUGGACAUUAUUCAAGAGGUCACAGGACUGAUCUGGAGUCAGGAUCUGAGGGUCCAGGAGGUCAGGAGGCUCCUGCAGAGCUCCCGGCCGGCCCGGGUCAGUGUUGUCCAGUUACCAGAGGUCUCUGAUCACGAGUACAUCGAGGAGAAAGAAAACAAACUUCUGCAGUUGUGUCAGAGGACCAUGGCUCUUCCAGUUGGCCGAGGCCUCUUCACCCUCUUCUCCUAUCACCCUGUACCGACCGAACCUUUACCGGUCCCAAAACUCAACCUGACCGGCCGCGCCCCUCCUAGGAACACGAUGGUAGAUCUGAACAGCGGGAACAUUGAUGUUCCUCCUAACAUGACCAGCUGGCCCAGCUUCCAUAAUGGAGUAGCUGCUGGACUCAAAAUAGCGCCUGCUUCACAGGUGGACUCAGCAUGGAUAGCCUACAACAAGCCAAAGAGCCCCGAGCUGGCUAAUGAGUAUGCAGGCUUCCUCAUGGCCCUGGGCCUCAACGGACACCUCACCAAGCUGGCCACGCUAAACAUACAUGACUACCUCACCAAGGGCCAUGAGAUGACCAGUAUUGGGCUCCUUCUGGGCGUGUCUUCAGCCAAACUGGGCACCAUGGACAUGUCAAUUACCCGCCUCCUUAGCAUACACAUCCCUGCCCUUCUCCCACCCACCUCCACUGAGCUGGACGUACCACACAAUGUUCAGGUUGCUGCUGUAAUUGGCAUUGGGCUGGUGUACCAGGGAACAGGACACAGACACAAUGCUGAAGUCUUGCUAUCUGAGAUAGGCCGACCUCCUGGCCCAGAGAUGGAGUACUGCACAGACAGAGAGUCCUAUUCACUAGCUGCUGGACUAGCUCUGGGCAUGGUCUGUCUGGGGCAUGGCAGUAACCUGAUUGGGAUGACGGAUCUAAAUGUCCCUGAGCAGUUGUAUCAGUACAUGGUUGGGGGCCACCGCAGGGCUCAGGCUGGGGCAAACAGGGAGAGGCACAAGUCCCCCAGCUACCAAAUCAAGGAGGGUGACACCAUUAAUGUAGACGUGACAUGUCCAGGUGCCACGCUGGCCCUCGCCAUGAUCUAUCUCAAGACCAACAACAGGUCGAUCGCUGAUUGGCUAAAACCUCCAGACACAUGGUUCCUGCUGGAUUUCAUCAAGCCAGAGUUUCUGCUGCUGAGGACUCUUGCUCGGUGUAUCAUCAUGUGGGAUGAAAUCCUCCCUAAUACUGAGUGGGUCAAGAGUAACAUACCCCAGAUCAUGAGGGGGACUUUUGACCCUUCAGAAGACAUUAACAUGGAGACAAUGGCCCAAGCUCAAGACUACAUUACUGCCGGGGCAUGUAUGGCAUUGGGCUUACGCUUUGCUGGCUCUGCCAACUCUGAUGCCUUCGACUGCCUCUACGAGUUUGCCAGGAGCUUCAUGAAGAUCAUGUCCUUUGCUGGUACAGCUGCGGUUCAGACAGGUUAUUACAACCUGCAGACCGGCCUGUCAAUGAUUUUGCUGGCGAUGUCCAUGGUGAUGUCCGGCACUGGGAACCUGAAGGUCUUGCAGCUCUGUCGCUUCUUUCACAAGAGAACUGGCGGCGAGAUGAACUACGGCUUCCACAUGGCUCAUCACAUGGCACUGGGCCUGCUCUUCCUAGGAGGGGGCAGGUACACCCUGAGCACCUCCAAUUCAGCCAUCGCUGCUCUGCUGUGUGCGCUGUACCCACACUUCCCUGCUCACAGUACUGACAACCGCUACCACCUGCAGGCCCUGCGGCACCUGGCCGUGCUGGCUGCAGAGCCACGCCUGCUGGUCCCUGUGGACGUUGACUCCCUGAAGCCCUGCUAUGCCCUUUUAGAGGUAACCUACAAGGAGACCAAGUGGUAUGAUGAGACAACGGUAGAAUUGAUGGCUCCCACCAUGCUUCCUGAGCUGCACCUUCUUAAACGGGUAAAGGUGAAGGGUCCACGAUACUGGGAACUGUCCGUAGACCUCAGCAAAGAAACACAGCAUCUAAAGUCCAUCCUAUCCAGAGAUGGGGUGUUGUAUGUUAAACUCCGGGCCGGCCAGCUGCCCUACAAAGACGACCCUCAGGGCUGGAAGAGCCUGCUGGCCUCGACCGUCAACCACCGCAACUCUGGAGUCAAAGCCUUCGAACCUGAAGCCAUCUCCACGUUCACCUCAGAGCCUGCCUUGGUCUCCUUUGCCGAGUUCUUCUGUAAAACAUCUGAAGAAAUUAAACACAGGGAUGAUACUCUUGUGUUGUUCUCGGCUAUGCUGUAUGAAUGUGUGACGCAGGAAUGUCCAGAGAUGCUGCCCACAUAUAUUGCUGUUGAGCAGGCGGUGGGUGCUCUACGUCGGGGCGACCUGCUGCAGACCUUCCCCUUGUGGCAGAUGCGUUUGGUGGUGGAGCUGUGGGACAGCAGGGUGCUGCGGGGUCCAGCUAACCGCCACAACGCUCUGCUCACCUCCGAGUUUCUGCCUGUCAUGAAGAACAUGGUGGAUGUAGCACUAGACAGCUGGCUCAAAGACAACAGCUCAGUGUUGAGAUCCUACAUGAGGGGCGAGGCCCUCCCUAAAAACGCCCAGUCCAUCAUGUUGGCCUGCUUCCUGGUGUACCGCUCCAUCCCCUGCCUCAGGAACACACACACACAGCUGGAGAGUUGCCGCUCAUUUGGGGAUUUAUUGUCGCGUAGCACCGAGUUACGCAUCCCUCUCAGAGACCUGCUGAGGCUGGUUCCUGUCCUGCUGGGCUCUGCCUCCGGAGCACAGACACUGCUGGGCUUCCCUCUAAAAGCAUUUUGAUCCUGAUGCUCAGUACUAGUCUGGUACUAGUCUGGCUAGUAACCUCUCAUAGCCUUACGUUCCCACUGUGAGCACAGGUAGGACAGAUAACUAAUUUCUACCUGUAACACCUACUGGUGUGUGCAACAAGUGGGACAAAAUGUCACCAUAAGAGGUCUUACUGCAUCGCUGCAGCGUGGCUGCUCUGCCUCUGUAAAGAACUGUUUGGAAAAUACAUACGGUUUCCUUUCUAGCCCCUACUAACUAAUAUUAGUUUUGUAAUAUAAUAUUUCUGUUUAGUAUUUUUACAGCAUAAAGAAAGUUUAGGCCGCAGUAAUGAUGCAGUACAUGUGCCAUGUCUGUGGUACAACAAAUCCAGUAUGGGGACUUUUUUGAUGUGUACCAACUUUUUCUCACCCCCAAACAUGGACAGAAAGGACUGGGGAAAAAAAAAAUGAAAGGACUCGGCUGGACUCGUACCAGUGCCGACGCUGCUUGUGUGGGCUCUCAUUGAGUUCAGGCCCCUGUGUUGUGAGGACGAGCAGACCAAGGCAAGAUAAUAAAAUAGAACCUUUUAAAAAGUACCUGCACACCUCAUUAUUAAUAUCGUGGUUUAUUCUGUCUUGAUAUUUCCUCACAAGGCUCAGUCAGUUCUUGCGGUAAUCAGGACGUCAACUGCCUCUUUUGUUUUGUUUUUACUUUUAGUAUGUGAACCACUUUGAAGAAAAUAUUUCGGAAAGUAUGUGCAUUUCGUGGGUGUUUCUUCCAAAGGCCAGCUGAGGUCUCGCUGCUCAUUAAAGAGAACUGUACUCUC